AUGGCUGUCGUUGGAGACUCCAAAGGGGUCAUCGGCAAGGCUGACUCUGAGGACCCAGGUCGUUUUGACAGCGGUGAUGAGACUGCUAAUUCGUCAAUUGAGCAUCCUUUCUCAGAUCCAGAGAUUGCUGAUCGUUGGAGAAAAGUGUAUGAGAAUGCGCAAUAUGAGAACCGACAUCGGUUUGAUCCAAGUUUUACUUGGACUGCUCAGGAGGAGAAGAAGCUUGUUAGAAAGAUCGACUUUCGCAUCUGUCUCUGGGCUUGGGUCAUGUUUCUCUCCCUAGACUUCCACCGACGAAAUAUCAACCGUGCUAUUUCCGAUAACAUGUUGCCUGAAAUAGGCAUGAACACUAACGAUUUCAACUACGGCCAAACUAUCUUCCUUGUUUCGUUCCUCUCAGCUGAGCUCCCCAGUGGCUUGAUCAGCAAGAAACUGGGCGCCGAUAGAUGGAUCCCUUUUCUCAUUUGCAGUUGGUCGCUUGUUGCGGGCUGUCAAGCUGCGCUGAAGAGUAGGGGUGCUUACUUUGCUAUCAAGGCUCUUCUGGGUCUUUUGAUGGGUGGAUUCAUUCCAAAUAGUGAUAUUGUUCUUUGGCUCACUUACUACUACAAGUCGAAUGAGCUACCCAUCAGACUGGCUUUCUUCUGGACUGCCCUGAGCACCAGUAACAUCUUGGGCUCUCUUCUUGCCGCUGGUAUUCUGCAGAUGCGAGGCGUCCUCGGCUGGGGCGGUUGGCGAUGGCUUUUCCUGCUUGAGGCGAUCGGCACUUUCAUCGUCGGCCUCUUCUCUUGGGUUCUCAUGCCACCUGGUCCCUGCCAGACAAAGAGCUGGUUCCGCGGUAAGAAUGGAUGGUUCAAUGAACGUGAAGAGUUCAUCAUGGUGAACCGACUUCUUCGCGAUGAUCCUAGCAAGGGCGACAUGAACAACAGAGAGGCUGUCAACCUCCCCAAACUUUGGAAAGCCAUCAAGGACUGGGAGCAGUGGCCACUGUACAUCAUCGGUCUCAUGGUGUACAUCCCGCCCGCUCCCUUCAACACCUAUCUCUCCUUCAUCCUGCGUCAAAUCGGCUUCUCCGUCUUCGAAGCCAAUCUUCUCGCCAUUCCCUCACAGUUCCUCUACGCAGUCAAUUUGCUCAUCAUCACCUGGCUUUCCGAGCGCGUCAAAGAACGAGGCAUGCUAUCAUCUCUCUCAAACAUCUGGAUCUUCCCAUGGGUCCUCGCCCUCGUCGUUCUCCCUGGAGACAUUUCACCUUGGGUUCGAUAUGCUCUCAUCACAGGUCUUUUGAGCUACCCCUACUGCCAUGCUAUUCUUGUAGGCUGGAACGCCAAGAACAGCAAUAGUGUACGCACAAGAGCUAUCAGCGCUGCUCUGUACAAUAUGUUCGUGCAGACGGGUAAUAUUGCUGCGUCUAAUAUCUUCCGUGAGGAUGAUCAGCCUCUGUACAGGCGAGGUAACAGGGUCAUUCUUGGUAUCACAUCUGUCAAUAUCGUUUUAUUCUAUGUAGUCAAGGCUUUCUACAUCUGGAGGAAUAAGGUCCGUGAUAGGAGAUGGAAUGCCUUGACAAAGGAGCAACAGCAGGAUUAUAUGCUUAAUACUACGGACGAGGGUCAGCAGCGUUGGGACUUUAGAUUCGCUCACUAGACGAGGGGAUACUUGCUACUGACUCCUCGUAAAUUCUUCAGACUUCUACAUACCAAGUUUCACCUUGAAGGAUUUUCAAGACUUCAGUGCUGUAGAAUUCUAUGAGGAGACAACCAAGAUUAUAUUCUAAAAGUGUACCAAACUUAUGCUCUUGACUGAAACCCCAAGAUGUUUAGGGAAGUGGAAGCAGCGUGCGUCGGUCUUCAGGGCAUUAUAAUACCAUUUCAUGGCCACGCAUGACCUUCCUGUUUAAGAGUGCAUCCAUGAAGCAAUUAAGGAAAGUUGAUGAGAGGCGGUUGGCCAACGCCGUGGCUAUUUGACCGAAGCCUCUUUUGAGACAUCACCAGGAUAGCCUCUUCCGCCACAUAAAGUAAGUCACCGCCAAGCUACCCACAUGAAGGCAUUGUUUGAAAUCCUUUGGCGGCAAAAGACAUCACUGUUGUGCACGCUUCCACAGUCGCCCAGGUUGUCGGAACGUCGAAGCAAGCCCAAUGACG